CUCCGUGCUUCAAGGUGUAUGAAGGUUCUGCAACUGCUUUGGCUUAUUUCUAUGACUAGCGCAUCGCAUCGCCGACAAUAUGGGCGACGCACAAAUGACGCAACAGGCUGACGACGGGCCUCCAUUUCCGACGUUCACAGAGCGCAAGGUACAAGACGGUAUAAGUCCGUGGGCAUCGGAAGCAUAUUCGCGAUUGAUAUGGCCGAUUACCGGAGAGUUUCCGUCCGCGAUCUCAGUCAUGAAAGUGCGUCAAAGCAACACUGGUGAUGCAGAACCAUUAUUCAACCCAGCGACUGGAGAGUGGCACGAGAUUGCGUCGCAUUCAAUAACGAGAAAGAAAGUCUCGGCCAUCGAAGUAUUGGUUAGGAACCUAGACGCGUGGAGCUAUGUCUGGGAGUAUAAUCAUAUGGACCAUGCCGACCCAAAAAUUCCCGGGUGCGAGUAUAUCACCUAUGGUGACCUGAGCGACGAUGAUCGACCGUUUACAGCAAACCCAAUGCGGGAGGAUUGGACUUGGGAUUGGGAGGAGGACUCGGACAAAGAGUUCCUUGUCCGUUGCUGCGGUGAGGACCGCCCCUUGGGCAAAGCAGGCCGUACAAUGGAGGUUCGUCCAUCAGAAGGGAACGAUUUUGUGACGGUCAAGGAUUACGUUGGCGCGGUACACCCAUGGAUUGUGAGUAUGCGAGACGAUAUCAUCGGAGCACUGGAGACAGAAUUCCCUUGUCACCCGUCUACGAACUUGAAGUUGAGCACCGAUCGUAAUGAUGCUCCGCGACAUCGAAUUGAACCUGCCGAGUAUUGGGACAUGCAGAAUCCCUCGUCUCGAAUCCAGCUAUUUAGGACCGAUAACGCCCGGAACGGUGUUGCGAACUGGGACCGCCCAGGCUUAACUAUCGAGGAGCUGGAAGCUUGCGCGCGGGCUGGUACUGCUCAGGAAUACCUAAUUCAUAUAUAAUGUUCUUAUAUAAGCUUAGAUUAAUAGAAUAACGUCAAACACCA